AUGGAGCGGUAUAGCAACGAGGAAUUAGCAAACAUGUUGCUUAUUUUUGGCGAAUGUCAUAGAAAUCAAAGGCGAGCUGCAGCCCUGUAUGCGGAACGUUAUCCUGAUAAGCAACACCCUGGACACGGGUUUUUUCAAUCGCUAUUUGCAAGGCUUUGUAGGCAUGGUACGUUACAUGCCCCAACACCUCGAUUGCACGUUGCAGCCAGAUCAGCGGAAACAAUUAAUGCUGUCAGAGAUGCUGUCGUUGCCAAUCCGCACACAAGUACGAGAAGUAUUGCACAGGAUUUACAAAUGAAUCAUGUCACAGUUGACAUAAAUAACAUCGCUAACGAUCAUUUCUUGAGGAGAAUCCUUUGGACAGAUGAGUGCACUUUCCGCAGUGAUGGGCGAAUAAACACGCAUAACGAACAUCAUUAUGCGGAGGAAAAUCCUCAUUGCCGAAAGGAAAUGCACAUCCAAGGACAAUUCCACAUUAAUGUGUGGAUGGGAAUUUUGGAUGAUCGAGUGAUCGGGCCGCAUUUCUUUCCGGAAAAUGUGACAAUUACGGGACAAGUAUAUUCCGCUUUCCUGAAGGAAAUAUUGCCAGGUUUAUUAGGUGAUGAUAUUUUAAAAGUAAAUCACCUAAUCGAUUAAUAAAAAUGUUAUGCGAACUAUCUCAACUAAAUCAGUUUUACCAACCAACAGGUGCUGAGAUACCAAACAUGAUUUUCCAGCAAGAUGGACACCCAGCACAUACGUCCCUUCUCGCUCGUGAUUUUUUAAAUCGGCAAUAUCGUAAUAGAUGGAUAAGCAUCCACAGCCCUCUUCAAGAAUGGCCUCCACGCUCUCCUGAUCUUACGCCAAUGGAUUUUUUUUUAUGGGGCUACAUACGCGAUAUAGUGUAUCAAACAUUACCACGCAGUAGAGAUGAUUUGAUUGCUAAGAUACGAGAAGCGAGUCAAACAGUAACGCCUGUAAUGUUAAGAAACGUGCGAGGAAGUUUCAUGAGGAGAAUUGCAUUAUGUGCGGAACAAAAUGGGGGGUAUUUUGAGCACAUACUUUAAAAAUCAUUAGAAAUUUAUAUUACGCAAUACUUCUCGUACUGGUGUGCGAAUUGGCAACGAGAGCCUCUCUUAUAACAUUAACUGUUUCCGCUGAUCUGGAUGUAACGUUCAAUCGACGUGUUGAGGCAUGCAAUGUCCCAUGCCUACAAAGACUAGCAAAUAGCGAUUGAAAAAACCCGUGUCCAGGGUGUGGCUUAUCAGGAUAACGUUCCGCAUAGAGAGCUGCGACUCCUCUUUGAUUUUUAUGGCAUUCGCCAUAAAUAAGCAACAUAUUUGUCAAUUCAUACAUCAAUAAAGUUUAUAAAUGUUAUAAA